AUGGGGAAUGCGAGGGGUUUGGGGCACCUUCUGAUUUUUUUAUGUGCGUUCUUGUUUGCAGGAGGUACAUAUACUUGUUUGGGUGAUGGAAAUACGAGUGUCAUUUGCUCUGAGCAAGAGCGACUUGCUCUUCUCAAGUUUAAAGACAGUGUCAGAGAUCCUUCUGGAAUGUUGUCAUCAUGGGUGGGCAAUGACUGUUGCAUGUGGAAAGGAAUUUACUGUGAGGAAACUGUCCAAAGCCUUCAUCUUGGAGGCUGCUUCUUAAGUGGUAAUGCAGUGAACUCUUCUUUGGUAGAGUUGAGGCAUCUCAAACACUUGGAAUUGAGUGGGAAUGUUUUUGAAGGAAGUCAGAUCCCAAAGUUCAUUGGAUCCUUGAAGCAGCUGACCUACCUUAACCUCUCUGGUUUUGAAGGUAUUAUUCCUCCUCACAUUGGCAAUCUUUCUAAUUUAAAGGUUCUUGAUAUCAGUCGGAAUGAAGGAAGGCUGAUGGCAGAUGACAUGGCAUGGGCUUCUGGCCUAUCGUCACUUGAGCAUCUCGACUUGAGUUCAGUAGAUCUUCACGGAGCACAAAACAUUGACACGCUGUUUUACAUGCUUCCUUUGUUAAAAGAGUUAAGUUUGUCUGAUUGUGGACUCUCAGAUGCUGACCUUGGUCUUUUUGUUAAUUCGAGUAGAAUACUUCCCAACAUCAGACACUUGGAUCUUGGUCACAAUCAUUUCCAAGGUCCACUCCCUGGUUUUCUUCAAAACAUGUCAUCCCUAACAUUCCUUGAUCUUUCAUACUUUGAUCUUAGUUUGGCAUGGAAUUUUGCAAACUUGCUAAGCAUGAUCCCUUCUCUAUCUGAGCUUCAUUUGUCAGGUUGCAGGCUCGAUAAGACUCAACUUUCUUCCCCUCAUCUUAAUCUCAGUACACUUUCCAACAUUCGACACCUGGUUCUCAGUGAAAACUCAAUUGAAGGUGUAUUCCCAUCUGUUUUCACAAACAUGACUUCCCUAAGAGUCCUUGACCUCUCAAGAAACAUGUUGAAUUCAUCGGUUCCUAUUAUUCCUAACCUUCUAGAUCUUGAUCUUUCCGUUAACCGGUUUAAGCAGAUUGGGGAUGUUGGAAUAUGGAAACAGUGUCACGUGAAUCGAUUGCAUGCAUCAGAUAAUUAUUUUGAAAUAGAAAUGAACGACUCUCCAAAAAAUGAUUCAGAAUGCUCCCAAUAUGCCUUGGAAUGGUUGGAUUUGCGCAGGUGUUCAAUUGGUAGUAUUCCAGAACAACUUGGAAGACUGACCAAUUUAAGAUGGAUAGAUCUAUCUCUCAGCAAAUUGACAGGCCCAAUUCCCGAAUCUCUUGGAAAAUUAAGAUCUUUAGAAGUAUUAGAUCUAUCUCUUAACCAGUUAACUGGUCCCCUUCCUGUCCUCCUCGGGAAUAUUUCCGAACUUGACCUUUCUUUUAAUCAAUUGAAUGGUUCAAUUCCAGAAUCCUUUGGAAAUCUGGCAGCUUUAACGUAUAUGGAUCUAAGUUCCAAUCAGUUAACGGGCCCCAUCCCAGCAUCUCUAGGAAGACUUGUCUCAUUACAUUCAGUUUCAGUGUCUUCAAAUUUGUUAAAUGGGACUAUUCCGAUUUCAAUUGGGCAACUUGGUAAACUUCAUUCUCUAGAUUUCUCUAAUAAUUCUUUAGAAGGAAUAGUUUCUGAAGCUCAUUUUAACCUUUCAAUGUUGAAGUACUUGGAUACUUCUUCUAACACCAAGCUGACAUUCAAUGUUUCACACAAGUGGAUACCUCCAUUUCAACUGUUGUUUCUUCGACUUAGUUCUUGCAACAUCGCGAAUGGAUUUCCACAUUGGCUUCGAAGUCAAAGGAACCUUUAUGAGUUGGCAUUGUCCAAUGCUUCGAUUUCUGGGCUGCUGCCCAGAUGGUUGCGGACGAUGCCCGUUAUUCCUUCCUUAGAUCUCUCUCACAACAAACUCAACGGACCUUUGACAAACCUUCCUUAUGGAAAUAGGUUAACCGGUAAAAUUCCCAAGUGUCUUGAGAGUUUGCAAAGGUUGUAUAAUAUACUUGGCUCAAAUAAUCAGGUGGCUGGUGUCAUACCAAGUUUUAAAGCUCUUAAUUUAUUUCGUCGGUUAAAAUUGAAUGACAAUAACUUUGUUGGUGAACUUCCUCGAGAAUUGGGGAAUUUACGAGGCUUGAGGAUAUUAGAUUUGGGUGGUAAUAAAUUGUCUGGCAACAUACCAGAAUUGGUCAUAGAAGAUCUUAAAAGUUUGGUAGUUUUGAGGUUACACAAAAAUAACUUCACUGGAAGAAUUCCCCGGUCAUUGUGCAAAGCUUCAAAUCUACAAAUUUUGGAUGUCGCAAAUAACAACUUAAAGGGACACAUCCCUCGUUGUCUAGGAGAGCUGAAUGCCAUGGUUAAUAAUAGUGGAUUUCAGCAGAUUGCUGGCUCUGUCAACGAUUAUGAGAAUGUGGAUCAGGUCAUGAAGGGUGUUGAUCUUGAGUACACAAGAACUUGGGAUAUGGUGUAUAACAUGGACCUUUCAAGCAAUCAACUUGUUGGAGAAAUACCUGUUGAGCUAACUACACUUUUCAUGUUGGUGGGUCUCAAUUUAUCGCAUAAUCAUCUCAGUGGGUUCAUUCCAGACAACAUUGGAAACAUGUCAGCAUUAAAUUCUCUUGAUUUAUCUGGAAAUGAGUUGAUUGGGUUGAUCCCUCCAAGCAUGGCAGCUUUGACCUUUUUGAGCUAUUUGAAUUUGUCACACAACCACCUGUCCGGACUAAUUCCAACGGGAAAUCAAUUGCAGACCUUGACUGAUCCAUCAGUAUAUGAAGGUAACAAAGAUCUAUGUGGACCUCCAUUGCCUAAGACUUGCCCAAAUUACAAAGAUUUAACAACAACCAAGAAGAAUUUAGAAGCAGGUGAUGAGAAGACCAAUGUAUGGUUGUUUUAUGUGGACAUAAUUUGUGGAUUUACAGUAGGGUUUUGGGGUGUAAUUGGAGUUUUUCUGUUCAAGAAGCAGUGGAGACAAAAGCUUUUCAUGUUUGCUGAGGAAACCAUGGAAAAAAUAUAUGCUGUAGUCGUGGUAAGAGUUAACAAGAUCAGGAGAGGAAGAGAAGCCACGUAG